AUGCACCGUCCUGCCUUUUACAUUGCCAUAGACCGUCGACUGAAGGCGAUAAUUGUGGCCAUCAGAGGCACCGUGUCCACAGGUGACAUGUUCACAGACGCAAGCGCCAAACCCUCGGUGUUCAAGAAUGGUCACAUGCACACGGGCAUGAAGUUAGGGGCGGAGUGGGUGAUCGUGCAGAGUCUGAAGGUCAUCGCUGCGGCUAUCCUGACACACCCCACAUACGAAAUCCUCAUCACAGGCCACAGUCUGGGCGCAGGAUGCACCGCAGCGGCAACCAUACUACUGAGAGAAGACUUCGACACCAUCUACGACCAAUACGCACCAGACGACAUCAAACACGAUGAAGGGGUCAAGGAGAAAGUCAGGCAAAAGAUGACGAACGUCCAUGGCUACGCAUUCGCCACUCCGUGCAUCACCACCAAACGCCUCGCCAAACUCUCGACCGACUACUGCUAUACAUUUGUGUAUAAGAAAGACAUCAUUCCCAGGACAGGUUUGCCGCAGGUGGAAUACUUAUUAACUGAGAUGCAGGAGGACAAGACGGUGCCCAAUCCCAACGACUUUUACGCACGCUUCUCCUCAGAAGAACGCAUGAUACCCACAGGACGGAUCUUCCAAAUAUGGAAACCCGGAAAUGGGGUCAACAAAGACCUCGACUUGAGCCGUCAUGGGGCCAUGCUGGUCGGAGAGGUUGAGCCAAUGUGGUUCUCCCGGCUGUUGUUUUCAAAAAACAUUGUGUGGCAUCACAUUCUGGACAACUAUAUCUCGGGUCUAAUGGAGCACAACAUUCACUAUGUAGAAUCAGAUCUCUGUUCAAAGGACGAUCGUGACACAUGGACUACAUUCAUGCCGUAUCUACAACCAUCGCUCAGUUGGAAGAAGGCCAAUAAAAAGGCCGUCCUGAAGGGAAGACGUGCAAGUCUCAAAUUAGAUCUCAAUGUUGAGGGUCCUAUACAAUCUCCAGAGACAACCAACUCACCCGCCAGAAAGUUUAGAUUUAAGAAACUGACACCGUUGGCCUCUGCGAAGGCAUCGAAAGAGAAGACUAUCGAUGAGUAUUGAGGCACGGUCGAUUCUGAGCUACUCCAUCGGGUAUCAAAAAGUUUUGAUAGCCAUCAUAAAAAUAACCAUAAUCUAACGCACCCGUCCAUGGUGCAUAAACAGAGACUUUUAAGGUUUGACUAUGUAUAAAUGCAGUCCCCUGAUUGACCAGCUACUCUGUGUUCGAUCAGAAUGAUCAGCCAUAAUAAAUACAGACAUACUCUAUCGCGUGCGCGCGUGGUGC